AUGUCUGUAGCGAAGGCGGAGCCGCAACGAGAGUUGCUGCCGCAUCCGGCGCCCAACAUGCUGGACCUCUUCAUGACACGGUACGAUUACGACUACAACCGUGAAUUUGUUGGAACUGGCUCCGGUGACGGGGCGCAAGACGAGGAAAGCGUGAGCGGCGACGUGCGGAACCGGCCCAUCUUUCGCUUUGGCCAGCCGCUAGAUGGGAGCUACGACACGACGUACCUCACUGACUACGUGCAACACGACAGGGGCGUCAAGGAUAUUUCUGGGCUUAUGCAGACGGCGUGCGGGGAGCAUGACGUGGCCUCUGCCUUUGUGAAGGAUUACUAUCGCCCGAACUUAUCAAAACACCUCACGGAGGAUGGUGCUCACCCAAUCACAACCUACAAGAAGGACUACACCCACAGCGGGCCUGUGCCGAAAGGGGAGCCGCAACUGUACGCGGGCGCUCGUGCCGCAGCAUUCGAUCCUGACUUUCUGCUCAUUCCCACCACUGAGGAGGAUCUGAGGGCGGAGGCGGAGCUCGUGCCAAAAAUCACAUCAAAGGAUUCGCUGCUGCCGCGGAUUAAGUCAGCGGCUGAUGGCAGCGAAGUGCGCGACGAGGGUUUGCUCGCGUCGCGCCGGCCGCAGCUGACGGCUGGUGGGCUCCCAACAGACUACUACUGCACGUCAUGGGUAUACGGUGACAAGAGUCUCGCGUACCCGAACCAGCUGCCCCACGGCGUUGAGGAAUCACCGAACGCACACCUCAUAGCGACGAUGGAUGAUAAGGCGGCGCUGCUUGCCCUCCUUGCAGGGAAGAGGAAAGCGGCCGGCAAGCCCUAUCCGUUGCAUGAUGAUACAAACCCCAUCCCUAUCCAGAAGACGGAGCAGCCCUACUGCGCCGUCACGCGGCGCAUCGAGAAUGAGGGUCACGUCAAGAUGAGUAUGUACAAGAGCGACUAUAUUCACCAGGGAGUUCUGCCAGAGUUGCCUGACGCGGUUGCGCUGGCAGGUCGCGAUGAAGGAUCCAUGGGCGAACAGCGGCUCGCGUGUGCAGGAGAGAUGCUUGCUGGUACCCUCACGCGUCGCACAAGGAAGCUUCAAUCCAUUCGAAACUCCCAUGGAAACCUGCUAAAGCAAAAACCAGAUGUGACGAUUGUAGACCCACAUAUAUGGAAGCAGAUGAGGUCCUUGGAGAAACGUAUUGCUGUAGACAGGGCUGAUCCGCAUCGUCACAAAUUACAUUGA